UCUAUGGAGGUUGUACCAACUGCUUCAAAAUGUUGGCGAUAAUUUCUUCAGUAACUGUUGAACCACUGAUGUUUUUGAGCAUGCAGGCAUUUUUCUUGCAUGUUGUUACCUUCCCUCAGAUGGUUCUGGAAAACGUGUGUUUGAUGAAACACAACCAAACUAAAUGUCAAGCCAUGUACACGGGCUCUUCGAAAGAUGAAUACAACAAAGUUCAAGAAGAAGCAACUCUUUGGUUCGGUGCUAUAGCAAUGGCUAUGUCAUUUGUGACAGUUAUUUCCUUACCUUUUGUGGCACAACUUUCGGAUGAAUUUGGAAGACACAAAAUCAUGAGUUUGACCCCUCUGAGUCAGUUUGCUCAAAGUGCUAUAAUCGUUUGCAUAUUGAGUACAGGGCUGAAUUUCUAUACCUGGCUGAUGGUUCUGGUAGCGUUGUUACCUGCAUUUAUAGGCGAAAUAAGUGGUCUCUAUUUGUUUACAUCUUCAUACAUUGCAGAUAUUACGACAGAGAAGACAAGAACUUUGAGACUAAAUCUUCUGGAAUCUGCUUCGAUAUUAUCUGGUUUCGUAGCAGCGAUGUCGAGUGGACACAUUUUAGAUCACUUUGGAUAUAAAGGUAUCUACAUUGCCACUGCAGGAUUGGCUAUCAUUGCUAUUUUGUAUUUGGUUGUUUUUGUAAAACCGAUUGAUAGGUCAAUGUUAGAAUUGACGGAAAAGGCAGAUCCAUAUGCACAUAUGAGGGAGGGACAGAACGAGAAAAAUGAUCCAAAAACUGCAUCCGAAGACUUUAAUGGUAUCAAACAGAGGAAUGAAGCCCAAGAGGUUAACGAAAGGGAGGCAUUGAUAGAAAAAAGUGAUGUAAAUGAAAACAUUAUUGAUGUAAACAAAAGUUCUACUAAUGAGACAAACAUUGCCACUAUCGAAGAAAACGGGAAGGACGGUGCCUUACUAGUGAAUGAACCAAGUGACAGAAAUUCAGAAGAAGAGCGAAACGAAAGAAGAAAGUCUGCAUCAAGCAAGCUUUGUGUUUUACUAAGGAAAUCAAAUCCUUUGAGCAACUUCAAAAGAUUUUACAAGGUUCUUAAAUCUCAUGGCCAGUUGAGAUAUGGACUGGCGCUAUUCCUUGUUUUGGUACUUACGACAGUGACAUAUUCAGCUGAAAUGGUUGUUACUGUUCUUUUCUUGAGAAACGGCCCCUUCUACAUGGAUCCAGUUCAGAUAGGAUAUUUUCUUGCUUUUAAAAGUGCAGGAAUCUCUGUCAUUGGUCUUGUGAUUGUAAACCUCUUGUUUACACGUGUGCUUAAACUCAAUGACAACACAAUUUUAUUGCUGACCGUGUCAACAUACGCGAUUUAUUGUGUUCUACUUGGAUUAGCAAGUUCAACUUUGAUGCUGUAUUUAAUUCAAAUCCUUCUUGCGGUAUCUACACUGACGGUACCAACAAUUCGAGCCAUUAUCUCUAAACUAACCACUCCUUCUGAAGUGAGCCUGCUUUUUUCAGUAUCACUUAUUGUUGAGACAUUUUCAGUUUUGAUUGGCUCGAUGAUUGGCCCACUAGUUUACUUUUCCGUUGUCUCUUCGCACCCUGGUUCAGUGUUUUUUGUCAUCGGAGGUUUCAUGAUUGUCAGUACAUGUCUUGCAUUGGGAAUGUUCUUAGCAAAAUGCUUGAAAAGAGAAGAGAGCUCUGAAGUUGUGCAAGCACCAAAAUCAGCUAUAAUGCCGUUCAAGCGUAUGCCAAUUACUGUGGAGCCUUUGGUAUUCUUAUGCAUGCAGGCACUUUCGCUCAAUUUAGUUGCCUUCCCGCAGAUUUUAUUGGAACACUUGUGCUUAAAAAAACACAACGAAACGAAAUGUGCAGCAAUGUUCACGGGGUCGUUCAAGGAAGAUUAUGACAUCCUGCAAGAAGAAUCGAGCCUGUGGUUUGGUGGAUUUUUGGUUCUCGCUACAUUUAUAACUGUAUUGACUUUGCCAUUCGUUACAACACUAUCAGAGGAGUUUGGACGAAAGAAACUCAUGUUUUUUACCCCAGUGAGUCAAAUUAUUGAAAAUAUCUUGAUUGUUGUUAUUCUACAAAGUGGCCUUCGUUUCCCCACAUGGCUCCUGAUGGUGGUUAGUGUAUUUUCAUGUUUUUUUGGUGAUGUAAGUGCCUUGUACGUAUUUGCAUGCUCCUAUAUAUCAGAUAUAACAACAGAAGAAACAAGAACACUACGAAUGAACUUUUUAGAAGCCGCCACCAAUUUAUCUGGAUUCACAGCGAAUCUCUCAAGUGGAUUCAUCAUAGAAAGGAUUGGAUACCUUGGAGUUUUUAUCUUGAAUAUAGGGCUAGGUAUUUUGGCCAUUUUGCACCUUGCUCUGUUCGUAAAACCAAUAGCACCGCCUACAGAAACAUGUGAAGGGCCGAAUUCAGUUGUAAACGAGACUAGGAAGGAAAGCAGAGAGGCUAGAACUUCUAACGAUCAGAUGGAGGCUAGAAAUGAGGAAAUUAGUGAUACACGUGAUAGUGAAGAAGAGAGAAUCACCAUUGCUGACGGUAUCAGAGCCGAUGUUAAAGAUGAAAAAAGAAAGAAAAGCAAGGAAGAACAGCUCAAAAAGGACGACAUGAAGAGGGAUCUUGUGCAAGAGGGUUCAUCUUGCAAUCAUGUUAUUACCUCUAGUGAACCUAAGCCAAGUUUACUAAAAAGGCUUUUGUCAGUAGCACAAAGAUCAAAUCCUAUUACAACUGCCAAGAGAGUCUACAGUAUAUUAAAAGCCAGUGACAAGCGGAAUUAUGGCCUUAUAUUGUUCUUUCUUAUAACAUUCACAACAAUUACAAUCUCAGGAGAGUGGUCUGUGAUUGUUCUUUACUUGAAAAAUCAUCCUUAUUAUUUCAGUCCUAAAAAAAUAGGCUACUUUCUGUCAUUUCAAAGUGCACUUAUUUCCUUUCUUGGUAUGGUCUGUUUUAACUUUCUUUUCACACGCCUCCUUAAACUGAACGAUUUCACCAUCUUGUUCAUGACCACAUCAAUCUCAGCUGUAUACUGUGUUUUGAUUGGGUUUGCAAACUCGCCCUUGAUGCUCUACCUUUCCCAACUAGCGCUCGCUUUAGGAUCACUUGAUACACCGACCAUAAGAGCUAUGAUUUCAAAAAUAACUCCCCCUUCGACAGUUGGCAUUCUCUUUGCAGCCUUGCUUAUUCUCGAAACAUUUGCUAUUCUGAUUGGCUCAAUGAUAAGCCCGUUGGUGUACUAUGCAGUGGUCUCGAUCCAUCCAGGUGCUGUCUUCUUCGUCAAUGGCUUUUUUGUUUUUGUCAGUGCAUGUGUCUCACUUGGCUUGUUCUUCUCAAACAAUGUUAGAAAAAGGGGAUCUUCUGAAAUCGAGGUUGAAGUGCCUGAUGUUGCAACUAAACUCAUGGAUGAAGCUGAAGUUUAAACAAAUAUCUUCAUCUUUAAUAUUUCUUUGUUUUAAAUAUCUUGAUUUUUAAGGUUGUAAUCUUCCCUAUUUCAAUUCAAGGCGUAAGUCAUCGUAAAUCUACUGAUUAUAGGCACAAUCGAAUUUUCUUUGUUAAUUUUUUUGCAAUUCUGCUCAGCCUUCGUUGGCUAUGGCUUUCGAUCUAUGCUUCAUCACCUUAGAAAGACUGUUCCGUAUGAAUACUACUCCCAGCAGUUAUUGCAAAGUCUCUCUGAAAAUUCUAAGUUGAAAUAUUUUAUAGAAGCUAGAUUUCUUAGCAAAGGCUAGAUACGCAAUCCAGAAAAUAAACCUUUAAAGCAUGCUCAUUAUGCAGUGUUUGGAAGUGAUCACGCUGCAAUUUCAAAUCCUGAUUGUCUAUACUUGAUUGAAUUUGUGAUAACGGGAUUCAAUUUUUUCUUGCAGUAAUCACACCCACACACUUUCAAUUGCGUAAACCCUUCAGCUACUUAUCAGUAGCUGAUCGGCCCUUUCUUUUUAAAGUAGCAAUAGGUUAUCCUUACUUGAAAAUUAAGUUUAUGCUUCUCGCAGAUGAACCCUAAAA